AUGGAGGUCUUAAGUGGGACCGGACUGAUUGAUGCCAGAGAAAUUGUCAACUCCUAUACUCUCGCGGCUAAGACUAAGACAAAGGAGGAAGGUGAGUGAAGGAAAUAUUUAAUGAGAAAAGUAAGCAUAGAAUGUGGAAUGCUUUUCGAUUAAUUUAUUCAUAGAAAAGACUCCCAUAACAACCCUUUAACGUUUACUUAAUUACGAUAUUAAACAUGUGCACUAGUAGAAACGAACCUCGGAGUUGUAACUAUAAAAAACAAGUGGUCUGUUAUAUAAGCCUUACACUAAAUCAGAGGGAAAUACUUAAUUUUUAUUACUACAUUAUUACGCAGCCAGUAGUGAACAGAAUACAUACAUAGAAGAAAUAGACUGGUUCAGUUUAGCCACGUGAACUGAAUUUUGAAACCAAAAUGCUGCAACAACGUUGUCAAUAUCUAACGAUUUAAUUCUCAACCUGUUUCAUAUUUUUAAAUAAAAGGAGCAUUUACUGCUAAAUUUGAAAAUCCGCUCGAUCGACAUAUUAUAGAGGAGAUAGCUGAUUAUUCAGCAGUAGCGGAACCAGACCUUCAGAUAAGGGGGGAGGUGGGGGGGGCAGUCAUUCAGACCCUGAGAUAAGGGAAAGGCUGUCUCAAAAAACAUUUUUUCGGCCCUUCGGGCCCCAGUUUGAUCUGAAAAUAGGGGGGAGGCCUCCCCUGGAUCCGCCACUGUUCAGAUUGUACCGAGUGCAAUGAAAAGCCUUCGCUAGUGAGUGCGCACCAUCUGCAGAUAUUUAUGUUGAUAAGAUAUAGAAUAUAAAUAAGUGAAUACGGAAUUAUUUAAAUGUGGACUUAAGUUACGGACAGCUACGGACUCGAGCUUACUGGUAGCCUGUACUUCAAACAAAUUUAUCCUGGUUAACUGGGUCGUUUUCAAUUCGUCAUUUUCAACUCCGUUUUAGCAGACUGUUUUGGGUCGCAAUAUGAAUCUAACGUAAGAUAAACAAGUACACAUUAAAUCAAAAUUUGACAUUGAAGUACUUCUUUUGGUUUAUACAGCAUCGAUGAAUUUUCAGCUGUCUCGCAAAGAACUUUCUAGCGAAUCUUUGGCUGGAUUAUUGUUCUUCAUUAUGUCAGAAGGAAGCAACACACAUGCCAUGGAAAUCAUUGAAUUAAAGAUGUCUGCUUUUGACGUCUCAGUGUUUUCUCUCGGUAUCUCAAAGCUCAGCUUUAGCACAGUUAAAGAGGAUUAUCGAACAUGGUGUUUAUCAGGUUGUUAUUUACAUUAUAUCUUUACCAGCCAUGGAAGACUCGUAUUUGACAGGUCUAUAACUUUGCAGUCUAGCCGUCCUAUAGGUGAUAGUUUACAUUACGACUGUCCGAAGAUGUCGCACUUUGUUCUGUGUUUAAGGACUUUUUUUAGUUUUCAGGAAAUGAAAGGCGUUAUUUUUGACAUUAAUAACUGGAUGUUUUGGCAUUCUUUUGAAAGAUCUCUAAAACUUUCCAAAAGUACAAGUUCGUUUCAUGAUUUUCCAGUAGCGAACGUAUCAUCUUUCUUUUUUGAAAAACAUAGCAGUACCUCUGGUUUUGUAGUUGUGGAAAAUAAGCCCGUUUUAAAAACGUUUUAUUGCUUAGAGGAGCUGGAUUUUAAGGUUCCUCAUUCUUUAGUAAGAAACGCAAUGGAGUCUUCGUGUGAUAUUGUCGGAGUUAGCUUCGGUGCUAUCACUGUUGGUGGCUUGGAGGAAUGUUCACGCAAAAAAAGUGCCUUUCUAGUGAACCCAUACCUGCCUUAUUCUGGUCGGAUACUGGUAACGUCCCAUUCAGUUCCUUUUGCAAGCUGCAGAAAACAAAAUCCACACCUGUGGAGAGUACCAGCUGUGGAAGAAUUGCACAAAGAGGUAAUUUUUGUCAUUUCCUUAUUAACAAACCGAAAUACGGAGGUUCAGCGACCCAGACUCCACGUAUCCCCCUAGAGAAGUUUCAAAAUUAUGGUAUAAGUGGCCAAUAAUCCCAAGCUAAGUCUUCCUAGGAUAUUUAUGGUCUAAGAUAUUAGGGAGCACUAUUCCUGUAGAGUUUGCGAUUGAUUGAGCAUUUAGUCUCGACUAUUAACAAUCUUGGUCAAAACAAAAUGGAAUGGCAGACCCCCUCGCCUAGCCCCCGAAAUCUAAAAGUUUUAGCAUGGAUCCUCAUAGCAUCCUAAAGUAGAUCAUGACAGCAUCCUGGCAAUAACAUUCAUAGUUAUGUGCCUGCCGCGCGUUGUAUUCAUUGGCCCUAUAGCACAUUGACGGUGAUAUUCUUCUGUAAAUUGACAAGGUAUCAUGACUGUUCGUCUUGUUCUCGUCUUUAAUGAGAUUCCCGUCCAAACAAUGGAUAUUUUGGUGUGUGAUAUACUGCUCAUUUGGGACUUCGCUACUUCAUGCCAAAUUAAAACUGACUUAAGUUUGUGGAAUGAAGAAUUAUAUUGAACUGCGAAGUAGUCUUUAUUUAAACCGUUUCCUUACAUUUUUUUUAACAGUUGCCCCCCGUACCUAUAUUUACGCUGUUUUAGGGCUUUCCCAUUUAGUUUUGGAUCUUCGUAGAUAGGCUCGUCAAACUACUGUAUUCUAAUGGAAUAUAGUUAGUACCAUUCUCACUAAAAUUCAACUCAUCAAGGAGAAUUUUAUAUUUUCCUCCACAGAGUAACAAACAUGAACUAACCCACCUUGUUAGCAAUCUCAAUGAUGGGAUUCAUGCCGAUGGAGAUGUUUUCUCGUGUCUUCCGCUGUAUUCCUGGAUUCAAACCAAACCCCCUUCGCAAACAGAUGAAACAUUGAACAGCGAUGCAGUGACCCCACCUGCCAAUGCCUCUCACAACAACACUGACGUAAUUCAUGGAAGUGACCUGCCUCGAACGAGGACGCUAUCGGCUGAGAGCUUGAUGUCUUUAGAUGAACUGGACCGGUACGAUCCAAAUCUUCAACGUGACCAAAAUGAAUCAGAAAGCUGUCUAUAUAGAGAUGAAGAGCAGGUCACAGAAAAUCCGUCGACUUUUUCUAGUAAAAGCACUCGUCUGUCCGCGAAGGAGCCCGAAAGGCUUUCAUUUGAUGAAUGCUACCUGCUAUAUCGUAAGAAGAGUUUAGCUUCAAGCGAAUGUAGCCAUGGUUUUACAGAGAACAAGUAUGACCAAAGAGAGAAUUUUUCGUCCAUCCCUGAAGAGAGUGAAAAAGAAAAGUUGAAUGUGGCUGUCGAUUCCAUUUGCGAUUCUCAGGAUGUUUUUGAAAGGGACUCGGAUUCAAGCCGUGGGAGUGACUGUGAAGCCCAGUGUAACGCAUGGCUUGAAGAUUUGGUUGGGCACCGAAACCAGGUACAGGACUGUUCAGAUGCAUGUUGUCAAAGUAUUGCAGGUCUAUCACGUUUGACAAGUUCGAAGAAGACUCACGCUGGUACCCAGACUGAGGAUUGUUUUGGGCCUGUCGUAGCAAACUUGGGAAAUGAGUUGGCAGCUUCUCAGAACAUGUGCAGCGAGUUGCAACAAAAGAUAAAGUACCUAGAGAAGCAACUGGAGCUCUUUGAAGAGGAAAAACAUAAGCUCCAAGCUGAUCUGGGAAGAUACCUGUUCCUGGAAAAGAAAGAAAAACGUAUGUCUGCAAUGUCAGUCAGAGGACAUGACUUACUAGGCCAUAUCGUUUCAGGAGGAGUCACAACAGAUUAUGAUGGAUCAUGUUCAUUCAAUAAUUUACCAGACUCUACUGUGUCUGUUAUGAACGAAGGUAAGCAGCUAAUCAUCCUUUCUAAGUAAAUCCGAGAAGCUGAUGUGAGAAAGGCUGAUCGCGCUUGAGCCACCGUACUGACCGCUCAACGACAGCGUGUGACGGCGCUCCUUGUUGUUACCUUGCGUUAAAUUUCAUUUAACUUUACUUAACUCUGGGUAGCUGCUUGCAGAAAUGAACCGUUUUGAUUUUGUAUAACAAAUUGGAGUCGAUGUUGAGGUUCCGGGGUACUGUUUUAGUCUUCUCUAUUAGUUUUUGUUUCAAAAAUAGGCACCUAUUCUUGACAAGAUGAACUUUUAAAGUACAGUAAAAAUUUCAGUAUAAUAUGUUUGGUAGCUGACGCAGCGUUACGUUACAGGGUACAGAACAAUGUCUACUGCUUGAUCUAAAAAGAGACACGAAAUAAGGAUUUAGGAUAUUGUUCUUUUAUACCCUUCCUCUAUUAUGUUAUAUUAUUCAUCGUGCUAUCAUUGUUAUUUGUGACUUAACUUCCGGUUCGGUGUUUUACAUGCUAAAGGUUACAAGCAAGUACACGUAACGAAAGUGCUCACUAUGCUAGAGUUGACUUAAGGCUAGACUGAUUUUGUUAGUAAGUUUCGAUGUGUCGGAAAUGCCUCCAUUUCCAGAGGUAGUAACAUAAGCUGAUGUGUCUAUUUCUCUCGAAGCAUCGAAGCAUUCCAAAGGAAACAGUUUGUCAGGGAAAAAAACUAGUGAUCUACAGGAGCAUGCUGCAUGUUCAGCUCCCGAUAAUUCUGUUGGUUUACAAGAUAAACAUCUAGACGAUCAGCUAAACAGACAAGACCGGAAUGGGCUUUUCUUUUAUGGGACUUCACUUCCCUCCUCAAGCAAUGCUGAACUCUUUCAAGUAAACGAUACAACAUUAAGUGAAGAGAAAGCAGAUCUCGAACACCAACAGUGUUCAUUACUCCCUUGCAGCCAAAGGUCAGAAAAAACGGCCGAUGUCGCCCCUGAGUCUGGUAUGAAUGCGGAGUGUCAUCUCUCCUCGUCUCAAAGCGCUGUUACUGCCAACGAUUACCCUUGGACAUUCAAGUCUUUUGAUGCUAGCGUCUCAUCAAAUUCCAGUCAAAGCGCAACUGUAAGUUCAAACAGUCAGUUAGCUAUUAUCAGCACCUUUUACAAACCUAAGGCGAUCAGUAAAAUAGCUUACAAUGUUGAUGUCACUCUCUUUUGAUUCCGUUUUCCAGAACAGCAAGAUCUCAAGUGGCAAUAGCCACAACCUAACUUGCGUUAAGGAAAAUCCUAGGCUUUCAGUGGGUACGGGCGUGGAUUGGAAAGACGAAAAUGUUGAAGUGCCAGGACCACGUGCUGCCAAUGGAGAAGAAAGGGUCGAAAGAGCUGUUGAUUCAGUUGGUGAUGCAUCACUAACAGCAUUGCCGCCUGGGACAAAUACACGUGCUGUAAGCGCAGCUAAUAGACCAUCGUCCUGUGAAACAAACUGGGAGCGUCUUGGCGCUAGACCUAAACAACCUCAGCAGUCGUUGGCGGCAGAAAAACUAAGGGAGCCUCUCGUCUCUGCAACAGAUGGCUUGGCUGCUGAUUUCCUGGCAAGACACACUCGAGACAAGGCCCUCCAAGACAGUUUUUGUCAAAGUACUGGUACACCAAGUCCCGUUUUCAGCGAGAAUUCGCAGGGCACUUCCUAUGUUGAUGGUUAUGCACCUGAACCAAACCGAGCUACCGCAUACUUUGGAGGUUUGUCAUUUCCAGCUGAGACUGAUCCACACAGAAGAAAAGAGAACCCAUUCUCGUCUGUAUUCAGAGAGGAGUUCGACAGAAACUGCAUAGAGGGUGAUUAUUCCCAUGAACACCUUUACAAUAACACAUCAGAUGCACCAGAUGGACCUUUCUACAGCCCCUUGGGAGAGGGUAGCCUUUCAAGAUUCAGGAACUACUCAUCCAGAAGUACUACUAGUGCAGUAAACAGCCAUACUUUUCAAAGUGGUUUUGUCGAAAAUAGCCAUGUGCUCGCAAGAAACAAUCACCAUGAAGAAGUGCAGGAUCCGUCUGUUUUACCAGAUUCGUGUUCAGCUUUUAAUUCGGAACCCACGAACACAACACAGCAGCACUGGUCAAUACCUGGUAGGGUGUCAAUGGUCCGUCCCAGUGGAUGCAUGACAACGUUUGAAGAUGCUUGUUUGGCUCAGGGAUCUACUCACGAUACGUCUAUUCUUGAACCCAGUUAUGGUGAUGCAGACAGCUACAGAAGUUCUAUGUUGAACAACAGAGACUUUGGUACAGAUUCAGUCGAGUCCUCAGACAACUCAUUGCUUGCUCUGGAACGGCGUGUUGCAGAAGCUUCCGCUCUUGUUGAAAGAGUCCUGCGAGAGAGGGAGGAACGUGAACAGUUUGGAAGGGAGAUAGAAAGAAAAGAACAGUUGAUCAGAGAACAGAGAGCCAAAGAAAAGAGAGAGAGGGAAGAAAGAGAGCUGCGAGAAGCUGAAAACUGGCCACAACAACAAGAAGCCAUCACUGCUCGAUCACAGUGGUUAUGUGAACAUUAUCAGCGGCAUUGCAAAGUACGCUUCCCUUGUUGCACUCAAUUCUAUCCAUGCCAUCGCUGUCACAACAUCUCGAAAGCUUGUGAGAAUGAAGAGGCUAAGGCUUGUCAUGCCACUCAUCUGAAAUGCUCUCACUGUCAGGAAGAACAGGAGGUAAUGUUUUUUUGGACAUAGCAAUUCAAGACUAACUGUAAAAUUAAAAGUUAUCUGGAAAAGUCCAGGGCCUGUUUGUCAAUCAGAAGUCAUGAGGCAGUACCUUAUUUCGCAAAGACUCAUUCUUAAUUUUCCAAAUUCUCAUUAUAUUGUUACUCCGGUUGAUUGGAGAAAAUACGAAUGUAAGUUGCCCGAACAACAGUGUCAACACUUUCUACAGAACAGCCAAGUUAACAAUGCAUACACAGAAAACCGAAGAAGUAAAUUUUCAAUGUUACUUACUCCGUUCUUAACUUUUUUGUGAUUUGUGCUGUGUGUUGUCAAUAGCUUAUUUCUUUUUCAUUAAAGAUCCCAUGAUGCUUUUAAAAACACUCACUUACUUCCCAGAGAGAAAAUUCCUUACGGCGAGGACCUCAUUGAUUUGGCGACCUUAAGCUUGUUUCGACGAAGGUACUCGAAUUAAGGAGUUCAGCACCACUUAAGUACAGUCAAAACCCGUUAAAACGCACACAGAGGGAGCCAUAGAAAGUGUCCGUAUUAACGGGGUAUCCGUGUCCAGCUGGUUGGAGACUGAAAAGGGUUUUCUUUCCCCUGUCCGUAUUAACCAGGUGUCCAUAAAGCGUGGUUUGACUGUAUAUAUGCAAAACUAAAAACAAUACUUGCGAGUUACAUUUCCCGAGUCUCAUUUGCGUUUGUUUAGUCUUAUUUCUUGGCCCUAAGUAAUCCAAAGAAUGAAUCUAGUUUAAGUGAAACGUUCUGCAAUUCUAUUUUCACAGAUUGGCGAAGACAGUGCUCAUUGUCGUAAAUGUGGAGGGAAAAUGUCUGCUUAUUUCUGUGCCAUCUGCAAGCACUUUACUAGUAUUGACAAGAAUCCGUACCACUGCGAUAAAUGUGGAAUUUGCCGGUAGGUUAAACAUUACUUUUUCCUUCCAAAAUUAUGAUAAUUAGUAAUUGAGAAAGAAUUUUCACACCUUCAAAAUAUUGAAAUCUUUCAGGGGGUGACAAAGGCAGUUAUAUACCCUAAGGAGACACCGAAAUUUGAGAUUCUACCUCCAUUAGGACAAAUUGAGUGUAUCAAUUGAGUUCGAAUUCAUCUAUGGUUUUCUAACCAACAUCAGUAUCACUGCGAGACGAUUUAUUGAAUUGAUUGAGUACCUGAAAUCCUUUACCUACAUUUACCAGAUUUGGCCAUGUUUACAGUAGAUACUUCAAAGUCCGUCAAAAUGGGCGGACGUAUACAGUCAGACGGGUCAUUCCUCCAAAACGGAAGCUGUUAUUAGAAAUGCAGCAAGUACGCAGAGAACACAGCCACGUCAAAGGGGUAGAAUAACAAAGAAUCCAACUCUUGCUUUUCCAGGACACGACAAUUUUCCCACGCCUCACUAUAUAAUAGAAAUUACGAUGUUUUGGGUCCUUUCAGUUUUUUACUAUAACCAGCAUUUUUCACAAACAAAUUUGAAAAAUAUAUGUUAUGAUCUUCCUGAAUGAAAAAAAGAUAAGAAAUCAAGCAAAUGUUGCCGAUAACAAUAGAAUGUUAAUUUCCGGCAGCAGUUUUUUCAGGUUUUCUUUUCUUGGAGAGAGCAUAUUUUUCUAAGGCAUAAAUGAAAUAAGAAAUUACAGAACCGCACGACUUAAUCAAUUUUUCUCAUUUUGUUUCGAUCAAGGAUUCAUCAGGACAAAUCAUUCCAUUGUGAAAUAUGUAAUGUAUGUUUAGACAAACGACUCGAGGGAAAUCACAAAUGUCGACCUGAUUCAGGUCAUGAUGAAUGCUGUAUUUGCUUGGAGGUAAGUUAAAAAUUCAUUCCUACCUUUCUGGUUUCUUUUUUUGUGUGUUUUUGUUUUUAGAGGGGUAAGGGUUCAUUGCAACCCCUUUCUAACGAGAACGUAAGGUUUCCCUCAUUAAUUAUCAGAUAGCCUAAGAAAACAGCCGACAUUUUGCGACGCUACCACUUGGUUCUCCGCCAAAUGACGUGUCGGGAACAAGUGCGGAAAUUCCAUACUGAUGUCGCACCUGAUUGGUCCUGCCGCGUUGGAAUUUUACUUUAACCAAUCAGAAGUACUACCCAGAUCUAUAUAGUGUUACUUCAUCAGUAUGUAAUUUCUUAGGCGUCGCAAAAUGUUGGCUGUUUUCUCGGGCUAAUUGUGCGAAAACAGUUAUUUGAAUGCUUGUUUGACUUUGUUACAAUAACGUACAUUAAACAUUUUUUUUACUGAAAGGAUGCAUUCAGUGGUUGUCAGAUAUUGCCAUGUUCACACAAAGUCCACAGAGAAUGUGCCAUUGCUAUGAUACAAAACGGCAUGUAA